CUCAACUCAUGCGCGGAUAUUGUCCGUGAUCAGCACCGAAUUUAAUCAAGGUCUGAAAGCAACUGGACAGGACUCUCAAGUUCCCAGUAAUGAUCGGACGAAAACUCGGCACCCAACCUUGGAAUUUUGGAACUGCCGCAUAAUGUCUCAGUGACCGUUGAUGAUGCACAUGUUAACUGCAGCUUGGUUCCAGGAUGUUUAGCGUAACCUCUUCAGGCUCAUGCAUGCACAACCCACUUAGCGCAUUGGCUCUGAAAUUUUCUGUGAGCCGCAACAAUUAACUUCACCUCGCGGCCACCAUUUCCACCUCCUACCAAAUCACAACUCCCACCAAACCACAACCACCGCCUCAAACCCACAACUUACAACCCACAAGAACCAUGGAAAUCGACCAGCCAGAGCCGCGGGCGCAAAGCCAGGUGCAAGUCAAAUUCGUGACACGAGACACCGAGAUCUCCGUGCCGACCGCGCCGAUCCUGGUUCCAAGCAACCUGAAGCGUCUGGGUCUCUCGCAAGUAGUGAACCACCUGCUCGCCUCCUCGCAAUCCAUCCCCUUCGACUUCCUCGUGGACGGCGCCUACCUCCGCAGCACGAUCGACGCCUACAUCCUCGAGAACGGGCUGUCGUCCGAGAGCGUGCUGACGCUCGAAUACGUGCGGGCGGCGGUGCCCCCAAAGUUCCUGACCUCGUUCCAGCACGACGACUGGGUCUCCUCCGUCGCCGCGUCAACCGCAACCAACAAGCAGCGCGCCCCCGUGGUGCUGACGGGCUCGUACGAUGGUAUCGCGCGGGUGUGGAACACGAGCGGCGCGGUGCUGUGCGAAGCCGCGGGCCACCAGGCAGCGAUUAAGGCGGUCAAGUGGGUCGACGGGGACUCGUUCGUGACGGCGGGGAUGGACCGCGCGCUGCGCGUGUGGCGCUACACCGCCGACUCGACGGUCGAGGCGGGGGUGAAGGCCGUCGCGGAGUACGUGGGCCACAAGGCGACGGUCGAGGCGCUCGCUGUCGACGCCGCGACGAAGCGGAUCCUGUCGGCGUGCGCGGACGGAAACGUCGGCGUGUGGAGCUCGGUCCCGAAGGAGUCCCCCGCUGCGCCUGAGGUCGAGCUCCCCGCGAGGACGAAGAAGCGGAGGCUGGCGCAGACAGGGCCGAGGGUUGCGCAUUACGGUGCGCUGCAAAUGCUGCAAGGUCAUACCGCGCCCGUGUCGGGUGUCGCGUUUGCACCACAGGAUUCGUCGGUGGCGUACUCGGUCUCAUGGGAUCAUACGAUUAAGACGUGGGAUCUGACGACGAUGGUCACGAUCGACACGAAGACUACACAGCACCCCAUCCUGAGCCUGUGCGCUAUGAAGUCGCUGAAUAUCCUUGCGUGCGGCUCGUCCGCGAGACACAUCAUCCUUCACGAUCCGAGAGAGUCGGCGCAGGGUGUGAGCGCGGCUACGUUGAGAGGUCACUCGAAUGCGGUGGUGGGGCUGAGUGCGAACCCCGAGAAUGAGUGGCAGCUUGCGUCAGCAGGUCACGAUGGAACUGUACGGGUGUGGGAUGUCAGAGCUUCCAGCAGUGGGAACCUGUUCACCAUCAACAGAGAGGGUGAAGGGUUGAGCGGGAACGAAAAGGUGUUUGAUGUGGAGUGGAGCUCGGUGGGCAUCGUCAGUGGAGGAGAGGACAAGCGCGUGCAGAUCAAUGCUACACCGAGGGGACAGGAUGUAACGGUGAAUAAGCCAUAGGGGGAGGCGGAGGGAAUACUGGCGUUCAAAAGCAUCAUUUAG